AUGAACAAAUACAAUGAAACUUCCUCUCAAGAAUUUCUUCUGUUGGGCUUCCCAGGUUCCCAGGCCCUUCAACUGUCUCUGUUCAUGCUUUUUCUGGUGAUGUACGUUCUCACAGUUGGUGGUAAUGUUGCUAUCUUGAUGUUGGUGGGUACCUCCAACCAGCUCCAUACCCCCAUGUACUUCUUUCUGAGCAAUCUCUCUUUCUUGGAGAUUUGGUACACCACAGCUUCAGUCCCUAAGGCUCUGGCCAUCCUCCUCGGGAAAAGCCAGAAAAUAUCAUUCAUGGGUUGCCUUUUGCAAAUGUAUCUUGUUUUCUCAUUAGGCUGCACAGAAUACUUCCUGCUGGCAGCGAUGGCGUAUGACCGUUAUCUCGCCAUAUGCUACCCACUACACUAUAGUUCCAUCAUGAGCAGCCUGCUUUCAACACAGUUGGCUCUGGGCUCCUGGGUCUGUGGGUUUUUGGCCAUUUCAGUGCCCACAGUGCUUAUCAGUGACCUCUCUUUCUGUGGCCCACAUGCCAUCAACCAUUUCUUCUGUGAUAUUGCCCCCUGGAUUGCCCUGGCCUGUACCAGCACACAAGCGGUGGAGCUUGUGGCGUUUGUGAUUGCUUUUGUGGUCAUUCUAAGUUCCUGCCUCAUCACUUUGAUUUCCUACAUUUUCAUCAUUAGUACGAUCCUCAGGAUCCCCUCAGCCAGUGGCAGAAGCAAAGCUUUCUCUACAUGUUCCUCUCACCUAACUGUGGUGCUCAUUUGGUAUGGAUCCACCAUCUUUCUUCAUGUUAGAACCUCAAUCAAGGAUGCAUUGGAUCUGACAAAGGCAGUCCAUGUCUUAAACACUGUGGUGACUCCAGUUCUAAACCCUUUCAUCUAUACGCUUCGUAAUAAGGAAGUAAGAGAAAUAUUGAUAAAGAAGUGGAAGAGAAAAUAA